AGCCGCGACGCCAUCUUUACGCCUGCGCUACCGGCGGCUCUUCGGCUCAGCGGAGCGGUAGUGCGGUUUCUGAUCCACCAGCAGGAAUCGCCGAUCAGCCGAUUAUCCUCCCCUCUUCAACGGGAAGCCCCCUUCGCGAGCAUCAUGGCGGACCGGGACAACCUCGUUUACCAGGCGAAGCUCGCCGAGCAAGCGGAGCGAUACGACGAAAUGGUGGAGUCCAUGAAGAAGGUGGCCAGCAUGGACGUGGAGCUGACGGUGGAGGAGAGGAACCUGCUGUCUGUAGCCUACAAGAACGUGAUCGGAGCCAGAAGAGCAUCGUGGCGGAUAAUCAGCAGUCUGGAGCAAAAAGAAGAAAACAAAGGCGGCGAGGACAAACUAAAAAUGAUCCGCGAAUACAGGAAAACGGUUGAAAAGGAGCUGAAGUCGAUCUGCAACGACAUCCUGGAUGUACUGGACAAGCACCUCAUUUUAGCUGCAACCACGGGAGAGUCCAAGGUUUUCUACUACAAAAUGAAGGGAGAUUACCACAGGUACCUGGCAGAGUUUGCCACGGGCAACGACAGGAAGGAGGCGGCGGAGAACAGUUUGGUCGCUUACAAAGCCGCCAGCGACAUCGCCAUGAUUGAACUUCCUCCAACGCACCCCAUCCGGCUGGGACUGGCCCUUAACUUUUCUGUCUUCUAUUAUGAAAUCCUCAACUCACCGGACCGGGCUUGCAGGUUGGCAAAGGAAGCCUUCGACAACGCCAUAGCAGAACUGGACACGCUGAGCGAGGAAAGCUAUAAAGACUCGACACUUAUCAUGCAGUUGCUACGCGACAACUUGACACUAUGGACCUCAGACAUACAGGGAGACGAUUCUUAAGGAUUCUCCUCCUCAGUAACACCGGUGUUUUUUUGUGAAGAACAGAACAAAGAAGCAGCUCCAGACGCAGAGGAAGAAGCCCAGUGAGACUGAACCAGACCUCCUCUUCCUCCUCCUCCUCAUCUCCUCGCAGCACUAGCCCUCCCCCCCCCACCCCCCCGACCCUCAGUCGCAGCUUCGUCUCCUCUAACCCUUCUCUCACCUGUUCGUACCUGUCUCCUCACCUGCACGUCUGUCCUCUCCGGGGCCGCCUGGUCUCCGCCUCCCGGGGUUUGACCUUUCCCGGAGCCCCGCCCCCUUUAGCGUCCACGUCCUCUUAUACCGUUUAUAUUUGACUCUGCUCUCUCAUCUGUUGCCAAGCGCGCUUGCCUGUAUUUGUAACGAACAUGCAAGAGUUUAUUUAAAGACGAAGCCGGGUUUGUCCCGUGCAAGUGUUUUUUUUUUUUUCCCCCGAGCGGCGUCUCGCCCACGCCGUCGGCUGACAGGACGCGUUCAGGAAGAGCCGAGCGUGCUCCCUUACUUUGUGGUUCUUCAGCAUUCACCUUUAGUCAGGGACUCCAGAAGCUCCGCCUCUCCCCUCAUCCGUCACUGGACGGCUGCAGCGCUUUAGUUGAAGGCAGAUAGCUAGGACGCCGCUUCUGCAUGGGAGGGGAGGGGGCGGGGCUCCCAUGUCAUGUGAUGCGGGUCUGGCCGGCUGCAUCUGUGCUCUCCCGGCACCUCCUUUCACCUCCUCUCUUCUGUUCAGUACGUUGUAACAGGAACCCGGUUUGUACUACUGAAUGUUCUCACCGGAACCACAAGAACCACGGCAUGGAACUAACGUUAAACCUCCAAUUAAACAUGUCCAACCAUUGUGUGCCA